UUUUAAGUUGAUGUCGUGAGCAGAUUGGUUACAUUUUAUUAGUUAGAAUUACUGGUGGAAAUAUAUUUAGCUAAUAAAUAAGCAAUUAUUUUUAUAUAGUUGCAAAUUGCACGUCGUUUAAACGAGUAGCGUUAAAUAUGUCCGGUACUCAGGAUCAUAAGGUACUACUUGCAAACCAGGAUAAGAAGAGCGACGGAACUACUGCAAAGAAGAAACGACCUCGUCAGCGUCUCCGUAAACGAAACAAAAGAUAUAUCAAUAGUUCUGAAUCAAAAGCUGAAUAUUUGGGAGCAGACGAAGAAAAGGCAAUCGGAAUUACAAAUAAUAUAUUGGGACUGCAGUUAAGCGUUCAUCAAAUACCUAAUAAAUCUCCCAUAGAAGUUUCUCAAUCAUCUUCUGAAUCUGUAUCUGUCGAGACAUCUGAAAAAAUUGGUACAAAGGAGGUUUCUCAACAUAUUUUAUCAAAGUCUCAUGAAGUUCCAAGUGAUGAAAUAAAAGAAAUAAGUCCAGAUACCUCAAAUAUUUUAUAUCAACCACAAAUAACAACACAAACUCUAACGAAUAUUCAAAAUUCAAAUUCACAAAGUAAACAUAAUUCAAAGCUUGGAAAGGAAGCCAUCAUCAAAAUCGCAAUGUCAGCAAACUCUGCUCCUGCAACUAAUUCUUCUGCUGGAAAAACACGUGAGGAGAUUAUGGCCGAACGUGAAGCUAAAAAACUGGCAAAACAAAUGAAAAAAGCAAAGAAUUUGUGCGUCAACUCAGAAGCUGCACCCACGACACCGGUCGUAGGUCGCUCCGUAUCAAAUGUUGUUAGCCAAGAGCAGGAUACAAUUACUAACCCUCCUUCGAAUGUAAUUGACACUCACACAUCUGCUGCCGUAGAAAAAAGUCGUGAGCAAAUUAAAGCUGAACGUGAGGCCAAGAAGAAAGCAAAACAAGCACUGAAGGAGGCUAAAACCUCCGGCGUAACUGAGAUAACUGCAAAAUUGGAUGACACAAAAAUUACAGAAAACUUAUCUACCAAUAGCAUGCAGGAAGAAAAGAAAAAAUCUGCUUUGAGUAAGUCGGAAAGACGUGCUAUACAGGAAGCUCAGCGAGCAGCUAAAGCACAGGUACUCGCACAAAAGAACGUGACGCCAAAAGUAAAGCUUACCGCCGCCAGCGCCAAGCAGGCCACUAAACUCCCAACAGAUCUACCAGUAAAGGCCACUAUAAAUACUUCUAAUUCUUCACCAACCAAAAGCAUUAGCCCUGUGACAAAGUCUAAUCGCAUAAAUGAUUGCAAGGUGCGCCUCUUCAAUCACUUGGAAAAAGCAAGACAGGAGGCAAAUUUGUUUCUCAACAAUCCGCACAUACAUCCGAGUAUCGCUCGUCUGGGAGAACAGUACGCUCAACGCACAAUUGUCGGUUCAAAUGCACGCUGCAUUGGAUUUCUCAAUGCGCUGAAAAUGGUUAUUAGAGACUUUGAGACGCCGCCAAAAAAAGAGUUUGCACGCAGCUUAGAAACAACAAUCACGAAUAGUGUGGAACACUUACAGAAAUGCCGACCGCUUGCAGUGUCCGUAAGCAAUGCAUACAAACACAUUAAACACGUGCUGACGCAACUGCCAACUGAUCAACCCGAAACAGAUUUAAAAGAGAAUUUAUGUCGUUUCAUCGACACCUAUAUUGAAAAUCAAAUUGGCAAAGCGGCUGAAGCUAUUAGCUACUCUGUGCAGGAAAAAAUCUCAAAUGGCGAUGUGAUACUCACAUUUGGCUGUUCGUCAUUGAUAACGUACAUUUUUGAGGAAGCACUACGAAGACGUGUGGAUUUCCGUGUCAUCGUAGUGGAUUCACGUCCAUUCUGCGAGGGUCAGGAGCUGUUGCGACGUCUCACCGUUAAAGGAAUCCCUUGUAGUUAUGUGCUCAUCAAUGCUGUUAGCUUCGUUAUGCCGGAAUCAACCAAAGUAUUAUUGGGCGCGCAUGCACUAUUGGCUAAUGGAUAUGUUAUGGCGCGUACUGGGACCGCACAAGUUGCACUGGUUGCACACUCAUUCAAUGUGCCUGUUUUGGUAUGCUGCGAAACGCAUAAAUUUAGCGAACGCUCUCAAACAGAUGCGAUUGUUUAUAAUGAACUGGGCAAUCCUGAUGAUCUGAUAAGAAGUGCUCAAUGCAGCCUGGCGAAUUGGCAGACGAAGGGCAAAAUGUCACCUUUGAAUCUGAUGUACGAUAUUACUCCACCCGAACUAGUCACUGCAGUGGUCACCGAAGUGUCCAUACUACCAUGUACUAGUGUGCCAGUGAUAUUGCGUAUAAAACCAACGGAAAUCGGUUAUUAGACAGUUAAAAAAAUUGCUCUUCAUCAACUAAAUACACUUGUGUAAAAUAAUGCUGUAAUAAAACUACUCAACUUCUGAGUAAAAUUUAA